AUGCAACUGCUCAUUGAAUCUAAACCAUAUACCUCAUCAUUCCUGCUUGCCGCAUAUGGGACUAGUAACACAUUUAAAGCCAUUGAUAUUCUUAAUCGAUGGAUAUGGAUUUUUGAAAAGUCUCAAGAGUCAAACGUUCGUAUUGUUGCUUUUUCUACGGAUUGCGAUCCGAGAUACUUGUUAGCAAAGCGUUUGACUACAGGUUUUUUUUCAAAACUUACUAAUACUCCGUUAUAUAAUCAUAACAAUAUAUUAAAGAUCCAUUUACCAAACGACUGGUCAGGAUGGUUUUUUAUGCCUCCUCAUCAAGUUUUUUUUUGUUUUCAAGAUUCCAUACAUUUAUGUGCUAAACUCCGUAAUCGUAUGCUUUCGGAAACAGCAUCACUAUUGAUUGGGAAUGGAGAAGUUUCCAUUCAAGUACUGAAUGAACUUAUAGAAACUAAAUCAAAGUUUGUACAUGGACUUGUAAAAACUGAUAUAAAGGCGAGCUACAGGCAAAACUAUAAGUCUUGCCACAAAAUCCUACGUGAUGGAGUAAUAAAUGCUCUUGAAGACAUUGAUGAUUCUUUAGCCACUCAAAUUUAUUUGCGCCUCUUGUGUAGUGUAUCACUCGCCUAUAUUAAUCAUAAUACAUCGAUAAUCGAUUGCAUCUAUCAUAGUUGGCUAGCAGUCUUUAUAUGCUGUAUAUGGCAAACCUGGCUGCAUUUAGUACAUAAAGAAGACAUUUCAGAAUCUCAUUCUCAAAUGUCAAAAGAGAAUUUAUUUAUUACUGCUCCUGCUCAUUUGUCUAUCGAAAUGAAUGCUCAUAGCCUAGUUGCAAUUUGCUUACUUGUGCAUCAGCAAGAUUUGCCCAUUUCUGCUCUUAGAUCAAUGUCAGGUGUUUUUUCUACAGUAGUUAAUUUUAUUACUGAACAGCUUCUUAAACGAGCUGGUAAACUAUCAGUACUUGCUGAUAUACAAAACCAGAGUGAAUCUGCAUAUGAUGAUGCUUAUCAUCUACUAUCAAAGCUUGAUGUUCAUAUCGCUUUGAAGAAAGCAAAAAAAACUGAAAUACUUCAAGUGCGCUCAUUUGUACGAGCUCAGUUUGAUAGAAAAUUUAAAAAGGUCUCGUACGAUGAUGAUGAAUCGUAUUUAUCUGAUAAUGAUGAAUCAAGUUAUAAAUUCAGAUCGGAUAUCAAUACUGCAGCGGACUUAGACGAUGAUAGUUCAUGUGAUGAUGAAACUGAAAAUAUGUCUUCAAUUUCAGCAAGUGGUAAAUCUCAGUUUCAUGGAAUGAGAGUGUGCGACACUAUUCCUUCCUCACUUGCGAAGUCCUACUUUCGUGUUGAACUUGAUGGAAAAAAAAUAUAUUCACAAACAGACAGCCAGCUGGCUGUUAACAGAUACUAA